UAAGGAGUCCCCUCCAUUUCCUUCUCCAAAUAUCACCAUCGUGUCACACACACACACACAAACUGGUAAAUUAUAAGUAACGAAAUGCUAGCGAUUAGCAGUAGCUUCCAUGGAGGACGACCAUUACCACACUCAACGUUUCACAAUAAUAGACACAAUAAAUCAACUUCUGUCUCCUCUAAUUUCCUCACAUCAGCUAUCACUAGAAGCAAUAACAACAACAAUAAUAAAUUAAAUAACUCAAUUCGCUUCAAUGUACGCGCCCUAAUUCGCGAAUCAGAUUCUGCCACGUCAUCUCCUUCUUUUCCUAACCGUCAUACCGUUAAAAUUCCCGUUGGAGAUAGAUACAUAACAGUUGAGACUGGUCAAAUAGGAAGACAAGCUAGUGGAUCUGUUAUUGUAAGAGAUGGAGAAACGAUCAUCUACACGUCUGUUUGUAUGUCUGAUGUUCCAAGCGAGCCUUCUGACUUUUUCCCUAUGUCUGUAAAUUAUCAAGAGCGUUUUUCAGCUGCUGGUAGAACCAGUGGAGGAUUUUUUAAGCGGGAGGGAAGGACGAAGGACCAUGAGGUACUUAUAUGUAGACUAAUUGACAGGCCAUUGAGGCCAACCAUGCUAAAGGGCUUCUAUCAUGAAACUCAGAUACUAUCUUGGGUUUUGAGUUAUGAUGGCCUGCACCCCCCAGAUUCUCUAGCUGUUACUGCAGCUGGAAUUGCGGUAGCCCUCUCAGAAGUGCCAAAUACAAACACUAUAGCAGGAGUUCGAAUUGGUUUGAUUGGUGAUAAGUUUAUUGUGAAUCCAACAACCUUGGAGAUGGAAGAUUCAAAACUGGACUUAUUGAUGGCGGGAUCAGAAAGAGGGAUAUUAAUGAUAGAGGGUUACUGUGACUUUCUUCCUGAAGAGAAGUUGAUUCAAGCGAUAGAAGUUGGACAGGAUGCUGUGCGAGCUAUCUGCAAAGAGGUGGACAAUUUGGUAAAGAAGUGUGGGAAACCCAAAAUGCUUGAUUCAAUUAAGUUACCUCCACCUGAGCUGUAUAAACAUGUUGAAGAAAUUGCAGGUGAUGAGUUGGUCAAAGUGCUACAACUCAAAAGCAAAGUACCAAGAAGAAAAGCCCUUUCAUUGUUAGAGGAAAAAGUUCUUAGUAUACUUACUGAGGAGGGUUAUGUAAGCAAAAGUGAAACUUCUGUUGGUAAUGAAAUAACUCCAGACAUGUUGGAGGAUGAAGAUGAGGAAGAGGAAUUUGUGGUUGAUGGUGAAUUUGAUGAGGGUGAUGUUCAUAUUAAGCCAGUUUAUAAGAAACCAGUUCCCAUGUUUUACUCUGAGGUAGAUGUGAAGUUGGUUUUCAAAAGUGUUACAUCCAAAUACCUGCGAAAACGCAUCGUGGAGGGAGGAAAAAGAAGUGAUGGCAGAACUUCUGAGGAGAUACGUGUCAUUGACUCAGAAUGUGGGUUACUACCUAGAGCACAUGGAAGUGCUCUUUUUACCCGUGGGGAAACUCAGUCAUUGGCAGUGGUUACCCUUGGGGACAAACAAAUGGCACAAAGAAUAGACAUCCUGGCAGGUGUAGAAGAUGUGAAAAGGUUCUAUCUUCAGUAUUCAUUUCCACCAUCUUGUGUUGGGGAAGUUGGGCGAAUUGGAGCACCUAGUAGAAGAGAAAUUGGUCAUGGUACUCUGGCUGAAAGAGCCCUCGAACCUGUGUUGCCUUCAGAAGAAGAUUUUCCUUAUACUAUACGUGUGGAGAGUACCAUUACAGAAAGUAAUGGAUCAUCAAGUAUGGCAUCAGUUUGUGGGGGAUGCCUAGCACUGCAAGAUGCUGGAGUACCAUUAAAGAGCUCUAUUGCGGGUAUAGCAAUGGGCUUGGUUGUGGACACAGAGGAAUUUGGGGGAGAUGGAACCCCACUUAUCUUAUCCGACAUCACUGGCUCUGAGGAUGCUUCUGGAGAUAUGGAUUUUAAGGUUGCUGGGAAUGAAGAUGGAGUAACCGCAUUUCAAAUGGAUAUAAAGGUUACUGGAAUUACUUUGUCAACAAUGAAGCAAGCAUUAAUGCAAGCAAAGGAAGGACGUAAACGUAUUCUUGCUGAGAUGCUGAAAUGCUCACCUCCCCCGUCAAAGAAGCUUUCUAAGCAUGCUCCACUCAUUCUUGUUAUGAAAGUUAAGCCUGAGAAAGUGAACCUUAUUAUUGGCUCCGGGGGUAAAAAAGUCAAGAGUAUCAUUGAAGAGACUGGCGUGGACUCUAUCGACACACAAGAUAAUGGAAUAGUCAAAAUAACUGCAAGAGAUUGGGCAAGCCUAGAAAAGACGAAAGCUAUCAUUAGUAACUUGACAAUGGUCCCAGUUAUUGGUGACGUGUAUAGGAAUUGCAAAAUCACAUCUAUUGUUCCCUAUGGAGCUUUCGUUGAGAUAGUACCAGGCCGAGAGGGACUUUGUCAUAUUAGCGAGUUGAGUCCAGAUUGGCUGUCAAAACCCGACGAUGCUUUCAAGGUUGGAGACCAGGUUGACGUCAAGCUCAUAGAGAUCAAUGAAAAAGGUCAACUUCGUCUAAGCCGAAAAGCACUCCUUCCAGAUCAGGGCACUGAUAAACCAAAUGAAAAUCAGAGUACAGCUGGUGAGACGAAGGAUAGUGGAGCCCCACAAAAAUAUGCCGAUAAAAGUAAGCUUAGAAGAAGUUCAAGCAUGCCAAAGGAUAAGAGCUCUGAAGUUACAUUUUCCAAGAGGUAUGUUGGGCCCCGCAAAAAUGAGCCAAAAACGAGUAGCAGUGAAUUGGAUGUUGCAUCCAGUGACAGUGGAAGUGCACUAGUUAAUGGAGAGGCUCAAGUUGGAUAAUGAUAGCAUGAGGGUAGAAAACCAAUUUGAUAUGUUUGGACAUGAAAGCUAUGGCGGUGAUGGCUUGUUCGAGAAGGAUAUAGGAGCUGCAAUUUGUCUCAUCGCUAAUUGGAAACAGCAUUUAUAAAGUAAGCACUGAGACUGCCACACUAACUUGAAGUACUUCAUUAUUACGUUGAUUUAAAUGGUUGGGAGUUCCCGUUAUUCUACACAGUCAUGCAUUUAUUGAUCUUCUGAGGAACUUGGUGGGAGGCCAGGGCCUUCGGUAUAUUGUAGUUAUAAACCAGCUGAUACUGCAUCACGAAUCUUUCAAAUGAGGAUGAAAUUGAGUCCGCAGUUGUAGUUUUCAGCAACUCCAACAUAAUUUUGUCCUGGAAUGUUAUAGGCUGUGUAAUAUAGAACCAAGUUUUGGGUUCAUUUAGUAUGUCUUAAGGGUAUUUGCUGCUAUAUUAAAUUAAAUCAAAUGGCUUAGCGUUGCUGCGUUGUUAAUGUGCAUUUGACUAAAAAACAUGGAAACUAGUGGCUUUGUACAGCAAGUGGGACAGACAGAGCAUUUGAAGCUUUAUGCAAAUGUUUCAGGCUAGACAUAUGAUACUUCA